AUGCCCAACGAUCGGCUACCGUCAAGCCUCUUUGCCGUAUACCAGACGUACAAGCGCGGAACCUCCGUGGUGUUGGAGUGGCUCACUACAUUUGACAAAGCAUCCGCCACGAUCAAGCCUACAACACCACCACUCGCAUCGAAUACCCUUACCAUCAAGCAACUUUUGGAACGAGCGGAGAUGGCGUCAAAAUGCAAACUCAUCCCCCCGCCUACCGUUCACGACGCGUUUAGGAUGGUUCUCGUCAACCGCAACAGGCUCACCAAAUACUACGAUACUCUGCCUGCAGCAUCUGCGGAGACUGCCGCAUCGACUUUGCGCCAUAAAGUUUUUAACGACACUCUCGCCAAGGCUUACAGCAUUCUUUUUCCUCCGAUCACGCAGGAGCGUCAGCCGAAGAAACCCUUCGCCAAAGCUGCGCCCCGCAGGACUGUCUUCUCUGCCAAUACGUUCGACGCGCUUAGUCAUCUUGUCGAGGAGGAGUCCGACUUUGAUGCUUGCGCCUCAGCUUUUUGGCAAGAGGUGACAUCGUCUACUCCUGCUGUAUUGACGAUCUCUGACGAUUCUGUUAGUGACGCUUUAGCGCUGCAUACAUACGUCCUGGAGCUUCAAACAACCAUCCAGACCAUACGGGGAUUUUGGGAUUCUGCCGCUGAUGGUGAGAUCCCUCUGGCUGUGGCAGGGUGGCUCACGAAUAUGGCACAUUAUUAUCUCAUUAGCUGGAUUCAUGCGCAGGGUCCAGCCCAUGACGACCAUGAGAAAACUCUGGGCGGAUUUUUCUCAAAAGCCCAGCCAAAAGGUCAAAGAGAAGGAUAUGUAUCCAUGUCGUUAGAGGAUCCUGUCGGACUUAGAGAGUUGAGCGAGCAAGAAGUCUUCCUGGAGUUUACCCACGGCCAUGGUCUUGUCUGGCCGAGCACCGAGAUCCGCAGAUUCUUCGAUCGUGCCAUAGCAAAAGACGAGUCGCUUGGCGUUGUAGAGCGCUGCAAAUUUGAAGACUACUUCAAAGCCCAACCGGACCAGCGCAGUGUGAAGCAUGACUUUGUUGAUUCAAUUCAACGAUAUCUUCCCACCGAGGGAGCUGAUACUGUCCAAGAACACUACCGGAAGCUCUUGGAAAUUUCAGACGCACGAUACAAACAAGAUCAGGAGAUGGUGCAAUCCCUAUACCGAAGCGUUUGCCAGAGUCCGUUGUGGGACUAUCGUGUGUUUCCCAAACAUGAAGACGAGCCUCAAUGGACGGCGUGGGGUGACAACCCUCUUCAAUUCCCCAUAGCCGUCCCGCUUCUGUGGAACCUCAAGGCUUAUCAGGAGCCUGAUGGUGGGCUGAUGACUAGCCUAGUCAUGGGCACACAUAUGUUGCUAGAAAGCUGUCGUAGCUUUGCUCCAUCAGCCAUCGCUCAGACGCGAUCGCAUACAAACAACAGGAUCCGGGUCCUGUCUUUGGCCCGCAACGCUCGAACCGCUUUGGAUGAACUGCUGAAGACCUCUGUUUCGGAUCCGGUCAAGGCUGGUUGGCUGUAUACGGAUGCAUGGUCCAAAGGUGCAUACUCUACUAUCCAGCAGUUCCAAAACAUCGCUUCCGAGAAGUCUUUCGACUUGUACACACAGUCGCCAUGGGUGACGGGAAGCUACAUGGCAACCAUAAUGUCACGCAACAUGGAUCUCGGUCUCGAGCUUCUCAAUCAGCAUGGAUAUGCCUCCGAUUUGCUGCAUCUGUACAACAUGCUUCGGCAGCUUGGGGUUCUAUGCGUUCAAAUACCUAUACUUGAUCACCUUUGUGAUCUUCUCGGCUCUGCGAUCUUCCCAUAUUCGGAAGGACGGCCUACGAGCAAGUUUGACUUGAUGGCCCGUACUACCAAUCGCAUGCCAAUGUGCAAGGGCGAAAAUAAGUUUUACAGAGCCAAAGGAACAACAACGACCGAGCCUUACGGGAAGGAAGCCAGGAUCAAACCGUUCGAGCUCUCAUGUUUUGCUAAGGAGUGCAUAUGGUAUCAAUAUUCCACGAGCCCCAAGUUCCUGGCCAGGAUCACCGACGAACGAUAUUUAGCCAAAAAGCACGAUUUCAAGCCCGAGAUCUUAAUGCGCUACACACCCUCUGAAAUCAUCUUACGCGCAAAAGACCACGUCAUGCCGGAGUUCGAGGGCCCUUUUCCGUUAGCAAAGAUCAACUACUUUGCCGUGGCAGGCCUCGUCAUGGAUGUCUGGAAGGAGGUCGCAUGUCAGAUCGCCAAGCCAGGGGGUUUGCCAGACUACCUUGAACAAUACAUGGAAGACACCAAAGACCAUCCAGAUCAUCUUGAUCUAAGACGGAACCACGUGAGCGCCUCCAUGCUUUUCUUGCAGAUGGUCAGGUGGGGGGUCGACAGCAAUAAGUUUUACCACACUUUUGGGUCGAGGCGGGGCGUUCAGGAAGACAAGGGGUUGGUUAUACUGCGCGAUGCGGUUGUCCAAAUCUGCGGGGACGUGAAGUUGCAGGACUUUCUGUGGAAGGAUGUUUGA